AUGUUCACUGUAGGUAUCUCUGUUGGACAAGACUGCUCCCAUCAUCCAUCACGCACAACUGCGGAUUACGAGGCCACUUCGCUUUUAAGUGCGCCGCCCAUUCGCCGCCCCUUUGAGGGCGGCCUUGAUCAUGUGGCCGCCGUCGUCAUCCCGCCACCCCUUCCCAUCAGCCCUCUGACUCUCCUGCUAUCAUUCGCCGGUACCUGCGUUUCCUGCAGAACAUCUCGCUGUGCCGAUCAGAGUUCGAAAGAUUACUCCUACGACAGAACAUCCCCCUCGAGGAAAACAACCUCUUACCGAGAACCCGACACGAGCGACUCCCGCCGUCGACGGCGUCGAGUCACGAAAAACGCAGAACCGAUCCACAGACUCCGAAACGAAACAUCUAUCCUCCCCAACAUGCCAGCCAACACACCAACCCGACCACCACCGCCCGUCGCCCAACCACCCCGCCUCUUCGUCAACACCAACGGCUCCGGCGCCCGCUUCUACUACCACGACACCAGCGUCACGAUCCAAUACUUCGACCCCGUCAGCCACCGCUCCGGCACCUUCAUGCCCCCCGUCUACGAAAAGCAGACGUUCGUCUGCACCGACGGCACGAGCUUCGUCUUCUUCCCGGAUGGGAGUGGGAGUUAUACUUUCUUUGGUGGGACGCGACCGAUCGCUCCUGGGGAGGUGGCGUGGAUGCCGCCGAGACCUGUCCUCGUGCCGGUGCCGACGCCUGUGGUUGUGCGGGCGACGCCGCCACCACGAAUACGCCAAGCACCACCUAGCGAGUUCCAGGAGGAAGAAGACUCGAGCGACGACGAUGAGAAGACGCAUCGAAAGUGGAAGCUCGGGCUGGCUUGA